AUGAAUGGUGUGAUCAAACAGGAUCACUUGGACCACAGAAGUGCACCAAGUGGAAAUGAAGAGGAAAAGACACCCAAAGAGAAGGCUGCCAGCGAAGUGAAAGGCGGCAGCAGGCUGCAGCCAGCACCCUUUGCGGAGAGGAAGAACGUCCUACAGCUGCGGCUCCAGCAGAGAAGGACCCGUGAGCAGCUGGCAGAGCAGGGCAUCAUGCCACCACUGAAAAGCCCUUCCACAUUCCAUGAGCAGAGAAAAAGCCUGGAGCGAGCCAAGACUGAAGAUUAUCUCAAGCACAAGAUCAGAAGCAGGCCUGAGAGAUCAGACCUGGUCAAUAUGCACAUUUUACAAGACUCAGCUGCAGAGGGCUCCAUUCAGUCCACCCAAAUGAAGCUGAAGAGAGCUCGCCUGGCAGAUGAUCUCAAUGAAAAGAUUGCUCUCAGGCCAGGGCCUUUGGAGCUGGUGGAGAAGAACAUCAUUCCUGUGGACUCAUCUGUGAAGGAGGCCAUCAAAGGGACCCAGGUCAGCUUCCCCAAGCCUGCCGAUGCCUUUGCCUUCGAUGAGGACAGCAGCAACGAUGGACUGUCCCCGGAGCAGGCCCGUGGCCAGGACUCACCGGGGGCCACCGAGCCUGCAGCGGGCACCAAGGCCCCGGAGCCAGCCCCUGCCGGGAUCCUGCAGGAUCACCCCCACAGUGCUGACAGCCAUGCCACGGACCCAGCCCCAGGGCAGGGCAGCCAGCGUGACAGCCCCAAGCAGCCAGCAGGGCAGGAGAGCCCGAGCCUCGCAGUGCCCUCUGCCGUGAAGCAGUCCAAAUCCUCCAGUGACAACAAGAACCGUCACAAAAAGCCCAAGGACACCAAGCCCAAGGUGAAGAAGCUGAAGUAUCACCAAUACAUCCCCCCGGACCAGAAGGCAGAGAAGUCUCCUCCACCCAUGGACUCUGCCUAUGCCAGGCUCCUCCAGCAGCAGCAGCUCUUCCUGCAGCUCCAGAUUCUCAGCCAGCAGCAGCAGCAGCAACAGCAGCACUUCAGCUAUCCAGGGAUGCACCAAGGCCAGAUAAAGCAAUCCAGUGAGCAAAUGGUCAAAAGCUCAAAUUCUUCAUCAUCUUCUGUCACCAGCACCCCUCUCUCUCCUGUGAAAACCACCUUCUCAGGCCAGACUUGUGUCUCCUCUAUCAAGCCAGGCCCUCUGCCAUCCAACCUGGAUGAUCUGAAGGUGUCAGAGCUGAGGCAGCAGCUCCGGAUCCGAGGCUUGCCCGUGUCGGGAACCAAGACGGCGCUGAUGGACCGGCUGCGGCCGUUCCAGGAGUGCGGCGGCGGCGCCGUGCCCAGCUUCAGCGAGAUCACCACCGUCACCUUCCCGGUCACACCAGCCAGCUCCCUGCCCGGCUACCAGCCGCAGUCCUCCACCGGCAUGUUAUCCAACGGCUUCUACCACUUCGGCAGCACCAGCUCCACCCCCCCCAUCUCCCCGGCCUCCUCCGACCUCUCCGUGAGCGGCUCUUUGCCAGACACCUUCAACGACGGCCCCAUGGCCUCCCCGCAGUUCGGGCUCCAGCCCUCCCCGGUGCACGGCGGCGCGGAGGAAAGCCUCAUGGGCAGCAUGAACGGAGGCAGCAUCCAGCUGGAGCUGGAAGGGGUCGACACGGAGAAAGACAAGAUGCUGGUGGAGAAGCAGAAGGUGAUCAACGAACUGACGUGGAAGCUGCAGCAGGAGCAGAGGCAGGUGGAAGAGCUGCGGAUGCAGCUCCAGAAGAGAAAGAGAAGCAGCGGCCUGGAGGAGAAGCAGCAGCCCCCUCAGCACUUCUUUGGUGUCCCCAUCAAGCAAGAAAACGCAGUGUCCAGCUGCCCCUUUGCCUCCAAACAGACGGCCUUGAAGGGGCAGGGCAGCAGCUCGGAGAAGCUGAGUAACUGCGGGGUGCAGCUGCCCCACGCCGUGAGCCGCUGCCUGGAGCCCGCGGGGCAGGGCUCCAUCACCUCCUCCACCUUCCUCAGCCCCCAGUGCUCCCCCCAGCACUCUCCCCUGGGGCCUGCCAAGAGCCCCCAGCACAUCAGCCUGCCGCCCUCCCCCAACAGCCACUACCUGCUGUCGCUGUCCCCCGGCGCUCCGCCCGACGGCCAAGGCGGCUCCCCGCACGGCGCCUGCCUGCGCCCCGCGCCGGUGAAAUCACAGAGUGGUAGGGAGUUCCCUACUGCACCCCCAAGUGUUUGUCAGCCCAGCCCAGCCCUGUCAGCAGAGCAGCCCCUGGCCCAUGAGGAUGCAGGGCAGCAGCAGAUGACACGAAGUCAGCAGAUGGAUGAGCUCCUGGACGUGCUGAUUGAGAGUGGAGAAAUGCCAGCCAAUGCCAAGGAGGAUCGCUCCUGCCUGCAGAAGGUACCUCAGAUCACGGUGUCCACAGGGAGCGCCAGCGCUGCGCUGCCCAAGCCGUCGGCCCCCUUCGAGCAGGUGUCCUCGGCACAGCUCUCUUUUGAGCACUGCCCAGGCAGCGGAGAUGCCCACCUCGAGGUGCUGCUGAACGCCCACAGCCCCCUGGGCAGGGUCAGCGAGAUCGCCCUGCUGAAGAUGGGGGCGGAGGAGCCCCACUUCGAAGGGAUGAUGGAAGGGUUCUCCGGCAAAGCCGCCGACGAACUGCUCACCUCCCAGGAGAUCCUGCAGACCCCCCUCUCGCCCAUGGAGACGCAGCUGUCCCCUGCCCCUGCCGACGGCCCCGCGCUGCAGAUGAGCUUCACCGAAUCUCCCUGGGAGACCAUGGAGUGGUUGGACCUCACCCCGCCCAGCUCCGCCACCGGCUUCGGCUCGCUCACCCCCGCGGGCCCCAGCAUCUUCAACAUCGAUUUCCUUGACGUCACUGACCUCAGCCUGAACGGCAGCAUGGACCUGCACCUGCAGCAGUGGUGA